AUGCUCGUCAUGCUUCCCUCAAUCAGAACAGCCAAGACACUCGCGGGAGCCGUUGUGCGUCCCUUGACACUGCGCAGCGCAGCUCGACCUGCAUACAUUGCCAGGCUCUCGUCAACGACAGCUCACCCAACAGACGCUACCCAUUACGACGUCCAGCUGCGUCCCGACGGUCUUCGCGUUCGAAACCUGCAAGGCGAACAUGUGAAGAGAGAGACCUUGCCGCAUUUUUGGCUGAGGUAUAAAUGCGUCAACCAACAAACGAUGCAACGCAACUUUGAGACUUUUGCGAUCAGCGAAACAAUCCGGCCUGACAAGGUGACGCCUGGAGCCGAAGGCCUCAGCAUCAAGUGGAGAGGAGACGGGCACCAGAGCUUUUACCCCUGGAAGUUCAUCAAGCACUACUUGAAGAACGAUCAUCGUAGCUCUGAGGAUGUCGAACAGCGCCUCUGGGGCGCCGAUAUAGACAUCGACCGUCCUGUCGUCAGUUACCAGGAACUCAUGACGCCCAAUAACGAGUCCGGCAUCGCCAGGUUGACCAAUCUCAUCCGCGAGAACGGCUUCGUGUUCGUCAGCGGCACGCCGUUUGACACCCCCGAUGCGACGCAAGAAGCGCUCGAGAAGAUUGCCUUCAUCCGGGAGACUCACUAUGGCGGGUUUUAUGACUUCAUCCCCGACAUGGCCCACGCCGACACAGCCUAUACCAACCUCGCCCUGCCCGCCCACACGGACACGACGUACUUCAGCGACCCCGCUGGCCUCCAAGCCUUCCACAUGCUGUCUCAUGAGGCACCCCCAGGCGCUCUGAAGGGUGAGCUCGGCGGAAAAUCGCUGUUGGUGGACGGUUUCUACGCCGCCAGCAUUCUUCUCGAAGAGGACCCUCAGGCGUAUGAGAUCUUGUCCAAGGUGAAGCUGCCAUGGCACGCCAGCGGUAACGAGGGCAUCACCAUCGCACCCAACAAGCGGUACCCCGUGCUAGAGCUGGACGAGACGACCGGCAAGCUUGCCCGCGUAAGGUGGAACAACGAUGACCGCGGAGUCGUGCCUUUCGGCGAGGGCUACUCGCCGGCGGAAUGGUAUGCUGCGGCACGCAAAUGGGAUGCCAUUCUCCGGAGACCUGAGGUUGAGUACUGGGUGCAGCUGAAGCCUGGCCAUUUGCUGAUCUUUGACAACUGGCGGGUCAUGCACGGAAGAAGCGCGUUCGAGGGUCGGAGGCGCAUGUGCGGUGCAUAUAUCAACCGAGAUGACUUCAUCUCGAGGUGGAGAAACACCAACUUUCCUCGUGAGGAUGUCUUGAGCCAAGUCGUCGGGUAG